AUGGGGAAGCAAGGGUCCCCAAGAAGUCCACGUCCUGAGCCACAGAUUGAUGACGACUUAUCGUCAGGGACUAAAGACUAUGAUCCUUCUAAUGUUGGGAGGAGAAUGCCAGGGGGAGAUAACCAUUUGAAUUCCAAAAUGUUGUUGCUUCAUGGUCUGAGAAACGAUUCUGUGAAAUAUACUACUUGUAAGGGGAGUUUUGUGGGGAAAAAGCAUCUGUGGCUUCGAAAGGACGUCCGUUCAAUCAUUUUUGUGUUUGCUCUGAUGGGCUUCCUUCUCCUGCUUGAUUCUUUUCUGGUGUCCAUUUUUGAUUCUAUGGUUCUUCAGAAUAGUUCAGCUAUAAGAAAACUUCCCGUCCUUGAGGAGGAGGACAGGGAUGCCCACCUUAUGAAAGAAAAAGCACCAGUACAGAUGUAUGACCGACUUCUAAAGUUGGCAAAAGGCGCCCUUGCAGAGAAAGAGUUUAAGCCAGAGUUGUCAACUUUAUGGAAAGAACCAUAUAGGCAGGUUGCUGCAUGGAAACCUUGUGCAGACAGAAAAGUUUCACCAAGCCUAGGGAAAUACAAGAAAGGUAAUGGUUACAUAGUAGUCAGUGCAAAUGGUGGUCUCAAUCAACAACGAGUUGCUAUUUGCAAUGCUGUUGCUGUGGCAUCUCUUCUUAAUGCUACUCUUGUUCUUCCAAGAUUUCUUUACAGCAAUGUAUGGAAUGAUCCGAGGUGCAGCCAAUUUGGUGAUAUUUACCAAGAAGAACAUUUUAUGGAUGUACUGAAGGAUGAAGUAAAAGUUGUCAAGGAACUCCCAUCUCACUUGAAAUCACUAGACCUUGAAGCAAUCGGUAGCCUUAUUACUGAUGCAGAUCUUGUGAAGGAGGCAAAACCCAUUGAUUAUACCACAAGGCGGGCUCCUCAGUUAAUGCACAAGGCCUCAGCAAAGAUAGAUGAAGUUUGA